UGCUGCUGCCGCUCUCGCGCGUUUGAGCUGCCGCGGGAACUCGCGAGGGGCGGGGCGGCGGGGCCCCGCCCACCCCUUAUAAAUAGGGCCGAAGCGUGGAGGAGCCGGGGCUGGUUGGAAUGUGGGGCUGGUGUACCCUGCGCCUUAGCCGCCGGGACCGGGGACCCUGCGCGCGGGUGGGUGGGCGUGGGGACCCCCGCCAGCGGCAGCCGCCGAGCCAGGGCCCCCGGCCGCACCCUGGUUCCACUAAGGUCCCGGCCGGAGCGGAGGGCGCCCGCUCGCCGCGGGAAAACAGCGCUGCCGCUCAGUGUCCCUGGCCCCCGAUGCAAAGAGUUUACUUUUGGAAAGCCUCGCUGCCGCCUCCGAUUAGGUAGCCGGGUUUUAAGCCUCUAAGGAAGACUCCCUGCGCCGGUCGAGUGUGUGAGGGCACGACCCCCGGGCUGCGCUGCACCUGCGGCUCCCGGGCCCCGCGUGCGCCACCGCGCCUGCCCCGCAGGAAGGGAACCCCGGAGGGCUCGGCUUUUGUCGCCCUGUACCCGAGAGCCAGCCCUGCGUGUGACCCUUAAACUUGCCUGAGUGCCUCCAGCGCCAGGCUCGCUCACUCGCUCGCCCCUGGACCGGCGUCAUCUCCCGACCUGGCUUCAUUCUGUGUGCUUUUAAUUUUGUGAGGCUUACACUCCCUUUCUCUUUGUUGGCUUGGCUCGCAUCACUGGGCAUGUGUUUAACCCACCACCUCUUUCCUAGGGUGCUGGAACGCUCUCCUGUUGUGAAGGUUAAUUUAGAUGUUAAGUGGAUAAUCGUUUCUUCCACGAAACCAGACACACGUAAAGCGCAAUGUGUUGCGGUAUAGGAGUGGCCCUCUCUUACUGUGCUCCCGAACCCGCCGGCUGGAGCCUUGACCACACCCUGCCAGCGUCCGGCAUUUGGGCGGCGAAGGUACAGGUGCAUAGGAGCAUCUCUGUGGAGCAGGCGCUGGUCCAGGAGCUGGAUUGGGUGGCGGACAGGACGGACAGCACUGCUGGGCAGAGCUCGUGUUCCAUAGGAGGGCAAGCCCGACGAAACAUGCAGACCAAUAAGGGGGGUGCAUUGGGAUGCCUGAGACAUCCCCACAACUGACCAUGAGAACCAGAGAAAAACCCAGGACUUAUCCUGAGGGAUUGACGAUGCGCUGGGCUGACUGCUCACAGAGAGAAGAUUCCCAGCACCCCAAGACCCCAAGAUUCUGCAUCACCCUCUCAGUCACUGCCUUCUGUGGAUUCUGGGGUUCUUACGAAAGCAAGCGUCCUCCCUGCUGUGAGAUCUGCAGAGACCCAGGGCAAGGCGCAGGCUCUGUGGGCAGGGCCGGGACAGACGGAAGGACCUGUCAGGCCUGCUCGUCGGCUGUUCAGCCCGUCGUGGGUCAGCCUGCCUUUGCUUCUCCCGGACAAGGAAGGCGAGGGCAUGGAGUCUGUGCCCGAAAGAGCAGGUGAAAGGAGGGGAAGGAAGGUUUCUACACCCAGCUGCCUGCUGCUGGUGUCUUUGGUGCCUGAACUUUGAGUUUUGGAGCAAGUCACGUGGCUCGAGAGCAGGCAGGCCAACUUGGUGCUGGCUUGGGGGGCUACUGCGCCCAGCCCCGUCCUGCCCCGCAGCCCGCAGAGAAGGGAGCCGGCGGCCGGCACCGCACCUGGCCACGGAGGGGACACCGGAUCCCAGCGCACCGUGAGGAGUGCCCGUGGGAAGGAGCUGGAGGGUCCCUUGACCUCUUCGAGAGGCAUUCGAGCCCCGCCGGCCCAGCUGGUCAUUCCAAGGAAAAGGGCCAAAUCGCAGGAAUUCAGGGGUCUGAGAGGACGUCACCACAGCGCUGAGUGCAACGGAGGACAGAUGGAAAUGACCUACAUUCCCUAGCUCGCGGUCAUGGCGACCCUUCACCGCACAGACUCGACGCUCACAGCCCUGGAUGAGGAGACGCUGUGGGACAUGAUGGAGAGCCACCGCCACAAGAUUGUGAGCAGCAUCUGCCCCAGCCGCCUCACACCCUACCUGUGCCAGGCGAAGGUGCUGGGCCAGCUGGACGAGGAGGAGGUGCUCCACAGCCCCAGGUUCACCAACACGGUCAUGAGAGUCGGGCACUUCCUGGAUUGGCUGGGGACUCGAGGGAAGGAUGGAGCCGUUGCCUUCCUGGAGAGCCUCAAGUUCCACAACCCUGACGUGUACACCCUGGUCACCGGGCUGCAGCCCAAAGGGGACUUCAGCAACUUCAGUGGGCUCAUGGACACGUCCAAGCUGACCGAGUGCCUGGCCGGGGCCAUCAGCAGCCUGCAGGAGGAGCUGGGCCAGGAGAAGGGGCACAAGGAGGCCCUGCGGCGGCGCUGUCGGCAGCUGCAGGAGCGCCUGGGCGGGGCGGAGGCCCGCGUGCGGAGCCUGGGCCAGCUGGAGACCGACCAUGACCGCGUGAAGCGCGAGGAGCUGAAGCUGAAGGACGAGAUGCUCAGCCUGUCGUUGCACCACAGCAACGCGCUGCAGGAGAAGGAGCUGGCGGUCACCCGGUGCCGCGGCCUGCAGGGGGAGCUGUACCUGCUGAAGCAAGAGCUAGAACGCGAGAAGAUGUCUUCUUCCCACGAGCGGGACUGUGGACAGCGUUCCCCGCAGAUGGCCGACGGCCUGGGGCCCGGGGACAAGGAGCUGACCCGCCUGAAGGAGGAGAACGAGAAGCUCCGGUCACUGACGUUCAGCCUGGCGGAGAAGGACAUCCUGGAACAGAACCUGGACGAGGCCCCGGAGGGCACACAGACGCUGGUGGAGCGUAUCCACUCCCUGAGGCAGCGGGCCGUGGCCGCCGAGAGGCAGCGGAAGCAGUACUGGGAGGAGAAGGAGCAGACCUUGCUGCGGUUGCAGAGGACUAAGGUCAACUGUGACAUCUACAAGGAGAAGAUUAGCGCCCUGCAGGGCCAGUUGCUGCAGCGGGAACGAGACCAGGCCUACUCCGCCAGAGACGCGGCCCGGAUGGAGGUUUCUCAGAGCCUGACAGAGAAGGACGCCCUCCGCAGGAAAGUGUUUGAACUGACAGACCAGGUCUGGGAGCUGCACCAUCAGCUUUACCAGCCACAGGCCGAGUCCCUGCGAGGGCCUGAGCAGGAAGCCGGAGCCCGGGAGCCGUGUCCAAAGGGGAAGCGGCGGCUCAUGCGCAUGUUGGCCAUCUGUCCGCGGGAUGACAGUGACCACAGCUUCACCGAGUCUCAGCUCUGCUCUGACCUGAGCGCCGCAUCCAGCCGUGAGCUGGUGGACAGCUUCCGGUCCAGCAGCCCUAUGCCUCCCAGUCAGCAGUCCCUGUACAAGCGGGCCGCAGAGGACUUCUGGGACGACCCCUGGUCUUUCAGCAGCUUCCCAGAAACCCUGCAGGUGGACCGGGGACCCUCCCUGGGGGCUAAGGCAGGUGCUGCAGACCUGGAUUAUGAGAUUGUAGACCCGGCAGAACUUGCCAACUGUGACAGCCUGCAGCCAUCCUCCAGGGGCCUCUCCGUCUCAGCCAGCAGCGUCCCAGUGCGGAGGAGGCCGGCCCGCAAGAUCCUGAGCCAGGUCACCGUGCUGGCCUUCCAGGGGGACGAGCUGCUGGAGCAGAUAAGUGUCAUUGGCGGCAACCUCACAGGCAUCUUCAUUCACCGGGUCACCCCAGGCUCCGCGGCGGACGAGAUGGCCUUGCGCCCGGGCACCCAGAUCAUGAUGGUGGAUUACGAGGCAACGGGGCCCUCGUUCAAGGCCACCCUGGAGGACACGACCCUGGAGCAGGCCGUCGGACUUCUCCGGAGGGUGAACGGCUUCUGCUGCCUGUCUGCGAAGGUCAACGUGGAGGGUUAUAAGAAGUUGGUCCAGGACCUGGAGGCCAAAGUGGCUACCUCGGGGGACUCCUUCUACAUCCGGGUCAACCUGGCCCUGGAGGCGAGGGCGGUGGGGGAGCUGCAGGUGCAAUGCAACGACAUCCUGCAUGUCACCGACACCAUGUUCCGGGGCCGCGGCUGCUGGCACGCCCAUCGCGUGGGCCCCUAUAGCACGAAGGGCACCGAGAGGGGCAGCAUCCCCAACUAUGCACGGUGAGCAUCUGUCCUACACCCCAACACCUCCCCGGGUUGGGCCAGGGCACUGCCGGGGUCGCCUGGCCUGGCUUCUCGUGGACGAACCCCCCUGCCAGCGAGGAAGAGUGGUCUCCCCAGGCUUCCCUCCACUGCCCAGGAGCAGAGGGUAGGCGUGAUGAGAUGUGCCCCCAAGUGGAUGGAACCCCCAAUGUGCCACCUCAAUUUUAUUGCCUACAUGAGGUUUCUUUGUGGGAAGGGAUGGCCUUCAUGCUAGAGCAUUCUGGAGCACUGAGGACCAGCGUGACACUGGGGCUGGCUCACUCUGUCACGGGGAGCUGUCCUGGGCACAGCAGGAUGUCAGUGGUCCUUCUGCCCCCUAGUUGUGACAAUGAAAAAUGUCUUCUCCAGACAUGGCCCAGUGUCUCCUGGUAUGUCUGGGACUUGUUGGUUUGAGCACAGAAGUCCCGCGUCCUGGGACAGCUGGACAGGGGGUGGCCUCCCUGGGAGCAUCGACACGCCCGCGGAGAACCGUGUUCUGGACCGAGCGUGGUCCACGAAGCGCGGGCGUCGGCCGUACCUGGCUGUCGAGGUUCUGGAACGUGGCCCAGACCCAGGCUCACACCGAGUCACCUGGGCUCCGACUCACAACAGUUCAAGUGGCAGCUGCAGGGGCGGGCCGGGGCUUUGCACUUUUUCGAAAGCCCCAGCGGACCAUAGUGGCCACCAGAGUGGAGAGCGGCUGCCUGGGGCCACAGGGGUGCUCUGGGGUGCUGGGCAGGGGCCCCUUCUCGUCAAGCCCUCCUUGCCACUGGGUCAGGGCUGUGCUCUUCUGCACAGGGCUCAGCAGCUGCUCAUUGCUCUGAUCCAGCGGAGCACCAUCGCCCGCGAGCAGUCUUCCGGGGGAGCCCAGAAGCUGGUCCGCAUCGUCAGCGUGGACAGAACCAAGGCCAGCCCUGUGUGC